AUGUCUGAUGUUGUCGAUGUUGCAUGUUUGGAUACUAUCAAAACAGGGUGGUUAAUAUCUGUCAAGGUUGUCAGGCUCUGGAAGCAUUCAACAUUCUUCGGAAAUACUAUCGAGAUGGUUUUGUCUGAUAUCAAAGGUACUCGGAUUGCUGCAACCAUUAUGCCAAACGAGUUUCCCACUCACUGGAAAGAAAUCAAACAGGGACAGUGGAUUCGGAUUUUCAACUUUCAUGUUAAAGAAGCUACUAGAUCAAUGCUUACAACGAUCAAUAAACAUCGUUUGCAGUUAACUUCUGUCACUAUUAUCACCCCUAUUCGAACGAGGUCGUACAAUUUGUAUCUCCAUUGCUUCCGAUUUUAUGAUAUUGUGGAUCGAGCCAUUCCUUUUGACUAUCUGAUUGACGUUAUGGGAACUAUUGUGAAUAUGGGUCCACUCUGCAAUGCAAGUAAUGAUGCUUAUGAAGAGAAUCUCGCUUAUCUCCGAUUUGAGAUAGUAAAUGCACGAAGAGAAGGUCGGUUAGCAUGUCACGCCCGUGGUUCUCUAGCAAUAAAUCUCCAUGAUGUAUAUCUGAGAAACACAUGUGAAUCGGUUGUCUGGGUGUUAAGGUUCUGGAAGAUGACAAAUGGCCAAGGAGUCGUUAAGAAGUCUGUGGUUCUCCGAUCUAAUGAUCUAUGCUCAGAUUUUUUGUACAAUCCUAUCGAUGCAGAAGUUGAUGCAUUUAGAGCGACGUGA